AUGUCUAGUCGACAGCCCUUGAUUGAAUUUGGCCCUCCGCUUCAAGGGCAGAACGCAAUGCCAUCUUUAGUACCAACUCCGUCGCUGAGUUCCAAGAUCUACAAAGCGGUGAUAUCGCCGUUCCAAAAGCUCCAGUUGCUCUUCCCAAGAGUGUCUGGAACAUUCGGCGUGAACUUCACAGCACAAGAUGCACGCCGACUGCUACGUCUAAAAGCUGAGAUUGGCGGACCAAGCAAAGAGUUUGAUACGACAAACUGCGCUACUACAACAUUCCACAAGUUCAAUGGGCUUCCUGUUGAGCUUCGAACAAUGAUCUGGAGAUUGUCCUUCAGAAAGGCUAGAAUCUUUUGA